AGGAGAAGGAGGGGGUGAAUACUGUAAAUUCCUCCAAAGCCGUGAGGUGCUCUGGGUAGGAUUUGGUACAGAUCGUGUGCUUGUGCUCUGCGAAGGAUGCAACAGGAUAUUCUGCUCGCACAGGAGAGGUUGCUGUCUUCUCCGUCCCCGUAGUUUGUGGACCGAGGCGCUGGCCUGUUGCUAGGAGACCUUUUGACAGCUGGGAGCUUUUUUUCUUCUUCUUUUCUUCAAAGUGACACUUAAUGCACUAAGGGUGUCUGCUUAUCUGGCAACCCAAACCUUCCCUCCUCCUCCUCAAUUCAGCUCCCUCGCGCGCUUUUCGUGCGUAAAUCCUAAUUGUCUUCUGUGCGUAAAAGACAACAUUUGCACUGUGGUCGUUUUCGGUCAGGAGAUUACAGUGUUUUGCAGGGAACAAUGGCCUAGUUGUUGUGAUUAUCAGAUCCUAAAUUUAUCCGCCUUCCGGACGUGUUUAACCUUUCCCAUUGCUCAUUUUUUCACUUGGCUGAUGUAUGUGCCCAGUGAGGAGACUACAGUCCUCAGGAGCCACAUAGCACCUCCCCUCCACCUCCAUCUUAACUUCCUUUGUAAGAGGGUAUGCCUUCUGAACCGAGCCUCAGCAGUAGGGAGAUGCUGACAGGACAGAGGCUCUGCCAGUCAAAGUCGCACCAGGAUUCGGUCCUCUCUGCCCUCAACCAGCAGAGGAAGGAUGGCCUGCUGUGUGAUGUCACUCUGGUUGCUGGUGAGCAGAAGUUCCACGCCCACAAAGCCGUCCUAGCAGCGUGCAGCGAUUACUUCAGGGCCAUGUUCAGCCUGUGCAUGGUGGAGAGCGAGGCAGACGAAGUGACUCUGCAAGGAGUGACCAGCGUUGGACUGAAGCACGCUUUAGAUUUCGCUUACACUGGACAGAUUCUGCUGGAGCCAGCGGUGAUCCAGGACGUCCUGUCUGCAGGCAGCCACCUUCAGCUGCUGGAGCUCCUCAGCCUCUGCUCACACUACCUCAUCCAGGAGCUGAGCAGCGUCAACUACCUGGAGCUGUACCGCGUGGCCGACCUGUUCCACCUCCCCACCUUAGAGGAGGCCGUGGUGGGCUUCCUGGUGGAGCAUCUGUCUGAGCUGAGCCAGAGCCGACAGGACGAGGCCCUGCAGCUGCCCUACCGCCUCCUCAGGGAGGUGCUGAAGAGCGACCGUCUCACCUCUCUGAGCGAGGAGGAGAUAUGGAAGCUGGUUGUUCUGUGGCUCGAGCACGACUGUCGCUACCAGUACACCGAGGACCUUCUGCAGCACGUCCGCUACGGCCUGAUGGACGUCCCCACACUGCACCACCUUUCGCGUAGCCAUCCUCUGGUCCAGUCUAGCCCUACCGCUGCGGCUCUGGUAGAUGAGGCCUUGGACUACCACCGCGCCAUCUUCGCUCAGCCCCUCCACCAGUCAGCCCGCACCAGACCGCGCUUCCAGUCCCUCACCCUCUACAUAGUUGGAGGUCGGAAGCGGGAGGUGAGCAGAGUCCGGGAGCUGCGGUAUUUCAACCCAGCUGUGCAGGAGCACGUGCGAGUGGCGGGCGGGUCGAACUGGAGCGAACUAGUCCCCAUGCCUACUGGACGCAGCCACCACUGCGUGGCUGUAAUGGGGAACUUCCUGUUUGUCGUAGGUGGAGAGAUGGAGCACGCCACUGGAAGGACAUGUGCAGUAAGGACCGCCUGUAGAUAUGACCCCAGGGGCAACCGUUGGACUGAGAUUGCCCCCAUGAAGGCAUGUAGGGAACACUUUGUCCUGGGAGCUCUGGGGCAGUACCUGUACGCAGUGGGGGGCAGGAAUGAGCUGAGGCAGGUGCUGCCCUCUGUGGAGCGCUACUGUCCCAAGAGGAACAAAUGGAUGUUCGUCCAGCCCUUUGACCGCUCGCUGUCCUGCCACGCCGGCUGCGUUGCUGACAACCUGCUCUGGGUGUCAGGUGGGGUGACAAACACGGCUCAGUACCAAAACCGGCUGAUGGUUUACGACCCAGAACAGGACCAGUGGUUGGCCCGCAGUCCCAUGUUGCAGAGGCGAGUAUACCACGUCAUGGCGGCAGUGAGGAGGGAACUGUACGUGUUAGGAGGGAACGACCUGGAUUACAACAACGACCGGAUCUUGGUCCGCCACAUCGACUCCUAUAACAUGGACUUGGACCAGUGGACGCGUUGCUCCUUCAGCCUCCUCACAGGUCAGAACGAGUCUGGAGUAGCGGUCCACGAUGACAGGAUCUAUGUGGUUGGAGGAUACUCUAUUUGGACCAAUGAGCCUCUGGCAUGCAUUCAGGUGCUGGAUCUUAGCACGGAGGGAAAGGAGGAGGUGUUCUACGGGCCAACGUUGCCGUUUGCCUCCAAUGGGAUAGCGGCCUGUUUCCUUCCUGCUCCUUACUUCACCUGCCCAAACCUACAAACUCUACAAGUACCCCAUCACAGGAUAGGUGCUGUUUAAACCACUCCUUUACAAAACGUGAGGAAACCAGAACAUGUGACCAGAGGAUGGAGCAUUUUCAGAUAAACUCAUUUUUUAUUUUUAUUUUUUUUAAAGUACUCGAUUAUUGGACUCAAUCUGAAACACGCCAUCUCUGACACCAAAAUGUAAUAAUAAUAUUUUCCUGACAAGAGCCAUGUUAUUUAAGCUAUUUAAACUUCUAGGAACAAUCUACGUUCACAACAAUAAAGCAUUUUUUUGGUUGUAUGUUUCCAAAGACUGAAACAUCAUGACCACUGAAGACACGAGGAGCAAGUGGGAACAUAAAUCUUGCGGGAAAAGGACAGGAAAAAAAGAAAAAGAACGUCAUCCUAACUGUUAAUAAAGACACGUGGAAAGCAGAUAUUGCUGACCUGCUUAACUGUCCUCGAGAUAAUAAUGAAACUGCAGUUUUUGUAACCCAUUAAAGUACUGUAGGAGCAUUUCUAGCUAGAAUUGCUGUAUAACACUUCCACGUGAUCCCUAUACUCACUUCGGUGGCCUGAAGAACAGCCUGCUUUCUAAUCGCCCGUGCUGGUACUUGGGUUCGUAGGUGUCAGGCUUGAGCUCAUCAGUACAUAAAUAACCAUGCCAUCUUUUUUAGUUCAAAUAAGAUAACAAAAAAAAAAACGACCUGUGUGAGUGCGACUGUUAAUACACUCAGGACCUAAGACUGUUUGUGGUCUAAUGAAUGUCUAGUCCCGUCUGCGUGCAUACAUACCAUAUACUGAAUUAUGCUGAUUGUCCAAAACACACUUCUGACCAAAACAAACCCCCCUUUGUCUGUCGAAAAGAAAGGUGUUGAAAACCUGGAAACUUUGCAGAAUAAAGAUGCAAACAGAGAAGUGAAAAAAGGCGCAGGAGUGUGUUCUGUCAAGAGCAGUAGUAGUUCUAAGAGUUUGGGGGGGGUGAGGAUGACUGCUCUUCAGUGGGAAUUAUUUAGCAGCUAUAGAUAAUUGCACACUAAUUUAAAGAACCACCUCAGUUUCUUUCUUUAUGCAUGGAUUCUCCAACCAGCUCUGAUACUGCUGGAGGAAAAAGGAAUGUGAUGCAGCAGAAAGCUCCUCGGAUGAAGGAGAUGCAUUGCAGUUUGAUGAGGCUGGAAAAUGACUAGCAAUGACAGAAAAUGAGACUUGGUGAUUGUGGGAGACAGGAGUGAGACUUCAUGUGAUUAUCUGCAAACUAGAACGGGAUUGGAAGAGAUUGCUGCAACUUGGAACGAGGAGAGAGAACGGGAGAGUAGGAACAAACAGUACUACUUCUUCCCUUUGCUCAACUUUUUUUUAAGGUGUGGUGCUGAAGUCAUUGGGCCCUGAUCAAAUCUGUAAUUCAGACUGCUGGAUAGAUAGAUGCAGCACCUCAUACCAUAAUCACAAAUAAUGUGUGCACACUUCACAUUCUUCCCUUCUCUUAGUAUCGAACAGAAACGAAAAGGUGGGGAGGCUGGCGUGUGGCCACAUUCACAUUUAUUGUCACAUUUUUCAUUCAGUAACAGUGAAUCUCUCAAGAUGCAAAGCUGCACUUUUUUCUUUUUUGGACAAUAUGUACAUAUCUACAGGCAGGUAAUAUUAAGCUUUUAAUCCAUGAUAGGAUAGGGACAUGUCCAUUUGUAUAUUUGUUCUUCUACAAAUUUUUUCUGUGCUUUUUUACAACUGCAUUUGAGGUUUUAAGAAUAUUACAGAUUAUGCUAAACAUAAAUUAAACAGAAUUUCUAAGGUAUCCUCAUUUUUCUUU